AUGGCUGAAGCUCAGUUGGAAGAUUUCCCUUCGCUUUUCUCCCUGAAGGGCAAGGUCGCCGUUAUCACCGGUGGCUCUCGCGGUCUGGGUCUGCACGCGGCUUCUGCGUUCCUCCAAGCAGGCGCAUCAAAGGUCUUCAUCUCAUCCCGUAAGGCCGCUGCCUGUGAAGAAGCAUGUAAAGCUCUCAAUGCUCUCCCCAACCUGGCUCCCGGUGCUGUUGCCAUCUCAGUUCCCGCGGACUCAUCCAAGUUCGAGGGCGUAGAGAGUCUUCUCGCGCAGGUCAAGAAGCACACUGACCGCGUCGAUAUUCUCUUCGCUAAUGCUGGAGCUACAUGGGGCGAGCAGUUUGACACGCAUCCUGACUCUGCUUUUGCCAAGGUCAUGGACCUCAAUGUCAAGGCUGUUUUCAACACAAUCCGGCUUUUCACACCACUCCUCGAGAAGAGCGCUUCUCUUCAGGAUCCUAGCCGUGUGAUUAUCACUGCCAGUGUUGCGGGACUCGGUGUCGGCACAAUUGGAAAGCAGGGCACAUAUGGUUACUCCGCCAGCAAGGCUGCUGUGCUGCAUCUGGGACGCAACAUCGCCAUGGAGCUGGGACCUAGGCACAUCACCGUCAACUCUAUCUGCCCCGGCUUCUUCCCUAGCAAGAUGUCCAAUGGUCUGCUGGAAAUGUCUGGUGGUGCUGAGGAGAUCGCAAACAGUAACCCCAUGCGCCGACUGGGCAAGCCUGAGGAUAUUGCUGGUGUGGUUGUUUACCUCGCUAGUCGGGCAGGAUCUCAUGUUAAUGGUGAGACAAUUGCUAUUGAUGGUGGUGCCCUGUGGCAGCGAGGCGAGCUCAUGGUCGAAUCCAAGUCAAAGUUAUAG